AUGUAUAUGAACCACUGCCAGCAAGCUGCUGGCUACCAGCUAAACGGUAAAUAUGCCUGGAGCAUGCAAAGUAACAGUAACAGCGUUAAUGAACAUGGUAAUCCAGAAAACAAAAGCCCAUUCAUUCUUGAGAUUUGCACCAGACUUGAACUAGGUGAAAGGAAAAGUCGAAACAAACUACUACUUAUAUCCUUAGAUGGUUUUCGUUGGAAUUAUGAUCAAGACGUUACAACUCCAAAUUUUCAAAAGUUAGUCAAAGAAGGUGUAAAGGCAAAAUACGUCACACCUCCCUUCAUCACAAUAACUUCUCCGUCUCAUUUCACUUUGGUAACUGGAAGAUAUGUAGAGUCUCACGGAGUGAUCCAUAACAUGUGGUUCAAUACCACCAGUGGACUGAAAAAGCCAUAUUACCAGACACAAAGUGUCAAUGAAUACUGGGACAAUGGAAGUCUUCCCAUCUGGAUCACAGCCCAGCGUCAGGGUUUAAAGACCGGUUCUGUUCAUUUCCCUGGGACCAAACCCAGCUACGAGGAAGAGAAUAUUUUCCUGAAAGUGGUGGAGCCUCCGAGGUACAACUAUAAGAAUGAAACAGCCUGGAGGGAAAACAUUGACAUAGUAAUGAAAUGGUUCACCUUGGAGGAUCUGGAUUUUGUCACACUCUACUUUGGUGAACCAGACGCCACAGGACACAGAUAUGGACCCGAAUCACAGAACAGAAAAGCAGUGGUGCAAAAACUGGACAGAACACUAGGUUAUUUAAUAGAAAAUAUCGAGAGGUACAACUUGAAAUCCAGACUCAAUGUGAUUAUCACUGCUGACCAUGGAAUGACCACAGUGCUGAAAGAGCCAGCAGUGAAUGAAAUUGUGCUAUCAAGGUUCUCCAAUUUUUCAUUCAAAGACACUGAUUUUGAUUUAGUUGAUUAUGGACCCACUGCCAUGCUUUUGCCCAAACAGGGAAAGAUAGAAAAAGUGUACCAGGCUCUGAAAGGGGCCCAUCCACAUCUAAAUGUUUUUAGAAAAGAAGAUCUUCCAGAAAGAUUUCGAUAUUCCAAAAAUGAAAGAAUCCUCCCAAUUAUCAUGUUUGGUGAUCUUGGUUACGUUGUGCAUGGGAGAAUCAAAGUCCAGUUCAACAAAGGCGAGCAUGGGUUUGAUAACAACAAUAUGGACAUGAAGAUGAUUUUCCGUGCAUUUGGCCCGGACUUCAAGAAGAAUUAUUUGGCUGAGCCAUUUGAAAGUGUAAACAUUUAUUCAUUAAUGUGUGAACUUCUGAACAUCCAGCCUGAACCAAACAAUGGAUCAUUGGAAUAUACCCAAGAAAUGUUGAGUUACUAUCCAAGCAAUAGCGAUGUCACCAAGGAUUCAACAUUGUUUCAGCUGGUUGUGGGGUUAGCAGUAGUUGUUGGCUUACUGGUUCUGGCUGCUCUUAUUGUUACUGUUCAUUUCUAUAUAAAGAGACAGCGACUGGGAUAG